UGAGGAGGAAACCAGUCCACAAGCCAUCUACAAGCAAGGAGAGGCCUUUCUUGGUGUCAACCAACCCCAAAAUGGCUUCUCCUCCCUCCUCCUCCUCCUCCUCCUCUUCUUCCGUGCCUUCGUCCAACAACAAAGCCGUUACCCUGCGCCCGGGUGGAGGGUGGGUGGGCCUUCCCUGAGAGCCCGCUUCUCUCUGCCCGCCACCGCCGCCGCCGCCACCACCACCACCACCUUUAUCACCCCCACAUGAGAAAGCUCUGUCCCAACUUUGAUCGCGAGGAUGGCCUCGAUACCGUGCUCGAGGUGCCCAUCCCCGAGGAGAUGUUCGCCGGCAUGGGCACCGGCGGCGCCAGGUGGCAGAACAUGAGGAACUGGCUCAAGGCUCAGGCCUUCGACAAGGCCGCCGAGGCUCCGCCCCUGCUCACCGGCCGCAACGCCGAGCUGCAGCUCCUUCUCAAUGUCGUUGGCUCCCCCCUCAUCCCCUGCCCCCUCCCCCAUGACCUAGCAUUCACCCGCUCCAUCCGCGACUGCUCCAUUCAAGCGUCGACGGCCAAAUACAUCAUCCAACAAUACAUUGCAGCGACGGGAGGGCAGGCAGCGCUGAUGUCGGUAAGCAGCAUGUAUGCCGUGGGGAAGGUGAAGAUGAGCGCGUCGGAGUUCCACGUCGGCGACGAGAGCGUGCAGGCACAAGCCAAAGGGAAUGGCGAGGUUGGAGGGUAUGUUUUGUGGCAAAAGAGCCCUGAUCUCUGGUAUUUCGAGCUCAUCAUGGGCGGCAGCAAGAUGAGCGCUGGGAGCGAUGGAAAGGUGGCAUGGAGGCAGUCGGCUUCGGAGCAAUCGCAUGCCUCCAGAGGCCCUCCACGGCCAUUGCGUCGAUCACUGCAGGGCUUGGACCCCAGGUCCACCGCCAACCUCUUCUCCGAAGCAGUGUGCAUCGGCGAGAAGGUCAUCCAUGGCGAGGAGUGCUUCAUCCUGAAGCUAGAAGCGAACGCAGCGACUCUCAAGGCGCGCAGCGCCGCCACCUUCGAAAUCAUCCAUCACACCAUCUGGGGCUGCUUCAGCCAGCGCACAGGCCUCCUCAUCGAGCUCGAGGACUCCCACCUCCUCCGCAUGAAGUCCGGCCGCCGUGGGGAGAGCAUCUUCUGGGAGACCAGCAUGGAGUCGGUGAUCGAGGACUACCGCUACGUCGAUGGCGUCAACAUCGCGCACGCCGGCAAGACCGGCGUCACGCUGUUCCGGUAUGGGGAGGGGUCGGUGAAUCACAAGAGGAGAAUGGAGGAGAUUUGGACCAUCGAGGAAGUGGGAUUCAACCUAUGGGGUCUGUCGAUGGAGGUCUUCCUGCCACCGGCCGACCUCAAGAGAGAGCAAGACAACGACGACAACCACGCCGGAUGACUGGAGCAGCUAUGCCUUCUUCUUCUUCUUCUUCCAUGUUUUUGUUAGAGAUGUUGUUGAGUCUUUCAUGUUCUUUUCUUCACUCUUCGGGGCGUUUGAUAGGAGGAAGGUAAGAGGUUUUGAAGAAAAUGGCUCCGUGGAUAAGAGUUAUGUAAGUGAAAUGGGAGACAUGAAUGCCGCAAGCUGCAUGUCCUUCAAGAGACAAGGCUUGUGUUCCAAAACCAGAAGCUUUCAAGCCCAUUGGUCUUAGAAGGAGAGAACGGUAGGGCUCCAAUUACUGUUUGGGCGUUUUGGGCCUGAAUCAUAAUGCAUUGCAUUUGAGGCACAAAAUUUCUUCAUCUUGUUCUAAUUGAUUUCUUUUUUCAAAUGCACAGAAGUAUUGUGUUUCCA